AUGCUGAUGCAGUUUGGCAGUCUUCUACGCAACAUCGCUGAAAAGUCUCGAAUCACUUUAGUUACCGGUAACCAAAGUGCCGACAUGGACUCUGUGGUUUCUGCAAUUGCGUACUCGACGCUUUCAUCCAAGUCUCUUGUUCUGCCCUUGAUCAAUAUUCCUAGACAAGACUUUGAUCUCAGAAGGGACAUCGUGCACGUUAUGAAACAAUCAGACAUCAACGUGAAAGACCUGAUUUUUCUGGACGAUAUAGAGACUUGCUGGGACAAGCUGGCGAAAGCAAAAGUCGAUUUGAUACUGGUGGAUCAUAAUAAACCUCAAGGCGAUGUUGUCAAGAAUCUCAUGGAGAAACUUGGAGCAAAGGUCGUGGGAAUAAUCGACCACCACGAAGACGAAAAACUCUUCACUGAUGCCAGCCCCAGAAUCAUACAAAAAUCGGGCUCCUGUAUUUCCCUCGUGCUCAAUCACUUCAAGGAGCAGGUUGGUCAAAUCGAUCCCAAACUUGUUAGGCUGUUUCUCAGUCCACUGGUGAUCGAUACCUCGGGACUGAAGCAUAGGGUGGAGCAGGUUGACAAGGAUGCUCUUGAGCUGCUGCUCCCAAAGUUGCAGGCAGACCAGGCCUUCCUACAAGCCUGGACCGAUGAACUGAACACUGCCAAACAGAACGUGGAAGGACUGUCACUUCGAGACUUGCUGCGCAAGGACUACAAAGAGUAUCGAACCAAAGCAGGUCGCACCACUAGUGGAUAA